GGUGUCUGACUGUGGUCAGUACCUCAUCAUCACCACACAGCAAGAUUGUCGUGACAAUCUCCUGUAUUAUGCACCUUUGCCUGAGCACGUCAACAGCAAAAUAGAUCUCACCUGUAUUAUAGACACCUUUGAGGCUGACUAUGAGUUCUGCCAAGGUGUCUCACUGCGGUACUUACCUAUUUGCUUUUCCUCGUGAGGGUUGUCGAGACAACCUGGUGUACUUUGCACCCCUGCCUGAGAGUCUCACCUGCAAAUUAGAGCUCACUUGUAUUGUCAACAAGUUUGAGUUUGAUUAUGAGUACAUUACAAACGAUGGAUCAGUUUGUGUGUUCAGAACCAACAAGGGGGCACCCAACUACCGCCUCGUGAAGAUUGAUCUGAGUGACCCUGCACCAGAGAAGUGGGUCACCCUUGUGCCUGAACACAAAAAGGAUGUCCUGGACUGGGCUGCAUGUGUCCACAAUGAUAAACUAGUUAUAUGCUACAUUUCUGAUGUCAAGAGUGUUCUGCAAUUACACAGUUUAGCAAAUGGUGACCACCUUACAACUUUACCGCUUGAGAUUGGCACUGUCAGUGGAUACUCUGGGAAACGCACUCAUUCAGAAAUGUUCUACCAGUUCACAUCCUUCCUCUCCCCUGGUAUCAUCUAUCACCUUGAUCUAACUCAGGAACCUCUGACUCCAAAGGUCUUCAGAGAAAUCAAGAUUGAAGGUUUCAAUCCUGCUCAAUUUGAAAUGAAACAGGUGUUCUACCCAAGCAAGGAUGGCACCAAAAUCCCCAUGUUCAUAGUCCAUGGUAAAGACAUGAAGAUGGAUGGUACUGCACCAACUCUACUCUAUGGAUAUGGAGGGUUCAAUAUCAGCAUCCAGCCAUACUUCAGUGUCUCUAGAGUCAUCUUCAUGCAGCUCUCCAAGGGCAUCUUGGCUAUACCCAAUAUUAGAGGUGGUGGGGAAUAUGGAGAAGCCUGGCAUAAUGCUGGAAGGUUGUUCAACAAGCAGAAUGUGUUUGAUGACUUCCAAUCAGCUGCUGAGUACAUGAUCAGCGAGGGAUACACAUCGAACCGUCGCAUCAUCUUACAGGGUGGAUCUAACGGGGGCUUGCUUGUGGGGGCUUGCAUAAACCAGAGACCAGACCUAUUUGGGGCUGCCAUUGCUCAGGUUGGGGUGAUGGAUAUGCUUCGUUUCCACAAGUUCACCAUUGGAUAUGCCUGGUGCUCAGACUUUGGAAAUCCUGAUGAGAAAGAGCACUUUGAGAACAUCAUCAAGUACUCUCCACUUCAUAAUGUUCGCACCCCACCAGAGGGUGUGCAGUAUCCUGCGACACUUUUGCUCACAGCAGAUCAUGAUGACAGAGUAGUUCCCCUACACUCUUUUAAGCUAAUUGCUGAGAUGCAGCACAAGCUUGCCCAGAUCCCAGCUCAAACCAAUCCUUUACAUAUUCGUAUUGAGACAAAGGCAGGCCAUGGCAGAGGAAAACCAACAGCAAAAAUUAUUGAGGAGCAUACAGACAUCUACUGUUUCAUAAUGCAGUCCCUUGGUCUGGAAGUUACAUCGACUCCAUCUGCAAGCCUUUGAGGUUUCAGUCAGUGCUACCAUAUCAAGAAGAGAAAAACAAAAGGAGAAAAAUUGUGUGCUUUGUACAGAUAAUGAGACCAGAAAUUGUGUUAGUAAUAUUACCAAAGACCGUUUUAGGUUCCAGUAGAUAGUCUUUAAUUAUCUCUUCAAGCAUUUAUUGAUGUUAUAUUUUGGUAUAUGACAAUUUAGUCAGAAGUGGAUAAAAGUGAAAACUUAACACCUUGAUAAACAGAUAGAACUUUCAUGAACAAUUUUGUAUGAAUACAAUUCACAAAAGACAAUAAAGAAGAAAUCCAUAA